AUGGGCAAAUCAAGCAAGAAAAAGUCUGUUCUUCAUAGAAAUGCACCGUACGAUGAUGAGCAGAACAAAUUCUCCUUGCUGCGCGGGGAGACAUCUACGUUGGGUGUGGACUUAGAUGGAGAUACACCAAUGGAUGAGAAUGUCAACAAUUCCGUCAACAGUCCAGGCACAAAGACCCACCGUGCAGGGCAGUAUACUUUGGAGCAGCGAGAAGCGGUAACAACAGUUCGCAACUGCUCUGAUAAAGACUACUACGGCAUCUUGGGGCUGCAAAACACUUGUACUCGGAAAGAUAUCUGCACCGCGUAUCGAAAACUCGCGUUCUUGACACAUCCGGAUCAGAAUAAGUUUGAAGAUGCGGAGAUAGCAUUUAAAAAACUAGCACAGGCCUAUGAAGUGCUUAAAGACCCUGAAUCACGAGCCGAAUAUGAUAAAGUGGGCGACCGGUAUAUGGCAAAUCCAGUCAUGGACCCAUACAAUGUGUUUGGCGAAGUAUUUGCAUCAAACGCGGGUGGGGAUGAGACUGAUGCUUCUGACGACUCUGAUGAUAACUCAAGCUUGAAUGGUGAUGGCAUCCAACACAGGCCAUGUCAAGAGGUUCUGGACGUUUACAGGGGGGCUACGGCAUCGGUCAACCAAUACCUAACAGCACCGGAUGGGCUAGCGCCCAAUUCCGGGUUUAAGGAGAUUAGCAAGUUUAACAAAAAAAUCAAGAAAAUAAACCAGCGGCUGGGCCGCCCUGAAGAAAAAUUUCUCAUUAAAUGCAGCCUUCUGGUCGGCUUCCGCAUUGAGUACCGCCAAGCCAUGGAGACUCUUGACAAAAAUCCAGGCAAUGAACAAGCAGCGAAUAAGAUGGCUAGAAUCCGGCGGCAAUUCGAAAGUGUUAAGAGGGAAUAUUGCUAUCCAGAUUCAUGGAAACUGCCUGCCACUCCAGGGGACAAUCCCGAGAAUGGACAGAAGAUUCUGGGACAUAUCCCACGCAGCAAGAAUGGUGAAUCUUUAUUUAUUGUUGAGAAAAAGGAUUAUCCCAGCCGCAUUCUCAUCCAGAGAUACAGCGAAGUUGACAGUGACAUAGCUCAAUCCUACCUCAACGCUCCGGAGAUGGACAGGAAGGAUGUGCGCUUCUCACAGGAUCGGUAUAACCGCACACUCUGCACAAACUACAAACAAAUCUUGGGGUGGGAUAACUUGUUGCCCUCAAACCCAUCGCAAUGGAACCUAGAGGCUCGACGAGCCCUUCCACAGUCCUACGGCCUUGUCCAGUUUAAAGAUGGUAGCACAGAUAUUCUAAAUCGGACAGCCCUAAGAAAGCUUCUUGGGAAGGGAACUGCUGAUGCUGAGGUCGAUCGAUUUUACCAACAGCGCGGAAUAACGCCUCCGUGGACUUUUAUGCCCAGGCUUCCGGCUCCCGAACAGAGCAAGAGGAUCGGCGGUAUUCGCGAAGACCUGCACCGCAGAGACUCGGAGGGCGCAAUUAAAACCAUGUUGGAGCAAAAUCAACAGCAUAUGAAGGCUCUAACGGAUGCUAUUACACAAUUAGUGUCCCAAAUCAGCAUCAAAUCAUAG